UAAAAUUAAUAUUUAUAAAGUGGUAGCGAUUAUUAACCAGGGCUUGUGUAACAAUGAAAUAAUAACACUUUUGGUUGUAAUAUUCCAUAGAAUUUCCAGGUGGACAAAUGAUAGGAAAGUGGCUCCCAUCCACUGCACAGCCACAGUCAUGUGAAUCCAGUUCAAAUCCAGAUAUUAUUUCCUCAGCAUUGCUUAUCCAUGUAACUUUAGGUAGGGGAACAGAUGCAAUAGCAUGGAAUACCUGGGGGACACUUUCAUCGUAGAUCGACCAACAACAAACAGGGUUGACAUCAUGGCCGAAGAUACUACCCCUGUAGAUUGCAGUCUUUUCCAGUACAAAGGGUUUAACCUGAUCUCCAAUUUACAUCACAUAUCAUAUUUGGACACUUUAGAGAACUUUGAAACUCGGGACAGCGACGUGUUUGCAGUGACUUACCCAAAAUCUGGAACCAUAUGGAUGCAGCAUAUUCUUGGAUUAAUGCAUUACAGCAAUGAUUUGGAAGGACCAGAAAGCAAAUUAACAGUUUGUGUUGUUCCUUGGUUGGAAGUGCAACUGCCUAUAAGAAAAGACCAAGACCCAGUAACACUGCCAUCACCACGCUUGCAUGUCACACACCUGCCUCAAUAUCUAAUGCCAAAAGGUUUGAGGAAAAAGAAAGGAAAGGUUAUAUAUGUGGCACGGAACCCCAAGGAUAUAGCGGUGUCAUUUUACCAUUUCCACCACUAUUGUCUAAAUCUGGAAACCCCAACAAGCUUUGACCAUUUUCUGGAAAAGUUUCUUCAUGGCCAAGUGUUUGGUGGUUCUUGGUUUGACCACAUCAAAGAGUGGUAUAAGCAUAAAGAGGAGUUUGACUUUCUACACCUCACUUAUGAGGAAAUGGUAAAGGACCUGCGAGCUGCUGUAGUCAAGAUUGCCAACUUCCUGGGGAAACAAAUUGAUGACAGAACAAUAGAGACUAUAGUGGAUAAAUGCACGUUCAAGAACAUGAGAUGCAAUCCCAGUGCUAACUACCAGAUGGUCCCUAAAGGAAUCCUUGAUCAUAAUAAAGGAAUAUUUAUGCGAAAGGGUAAAGUUGGAGACUGGAAGACUCAUUUCACUGUGGCACAGAAUGAGAGAUUUGAUGAAGUCUACCAGGAGAAAAUGAAAGACGUUCCUCUAGAUUUUAUUUGGGAUAUCAAUGAUUAAAAGUGUUCUUCUUUAUGUAUAAUGCAUAAAGAUAAUCUAUUUAGAAAUACAAAAUCUAAAGGUGCUGAAUACAUUGUCUGAAGGUGGAUUUUAAAUGGUUUAGAUGUACCAACAUUAUUGCAACCUGUUUAAGAAUAUUUAGUUGUGUACGUGUGUGUGGGGGGGGGGGGGGGGGGGGGUCGUCCUGGAAAAUAGGAAUGACUUUUUCUGGGAAGACUUUUACUGGUGUGCUCAGUACUGCAGGGAUCAAAAUCUACCUGCCGAUUUCAAUAAACGUAACCAGUAACCA